GAUCACAAUUAAAUACACUGGCAUUUGGACAGUCAGUAUUGUUGUUGUUGUCAUAUGUUUAGUACAGAAGCUAUACAUGAAUACCUGGUCCGUCCGAGCGGACCAUCAAAUGACUGCCGCCAACGUCGACACCGAGUGUAUGACCAGUCGGUUGCUGGCCGUAGACGAAAGCGGUAGCAAUUUGUUUGUUAUCGGCGACCGACGCAACAGGUUUCUGGUCUCGCGAGACGAAUACGACUAUUAUUGUUCAGUACGUCAGUCGUGGCUCAGGGAUAUCGACGACUAUGUAAGGCAUUGUCUACCCAGACAUACAACCCAGCGAUUGGUAACCAGAAAAUUGGUUAAUCAAAUGCGUCUACAAUCCGGUAAACUAUGCAAUCGUACGGUUACGCCAACCAAACAAUUGUUUGCUAAUACUGUUUGUAUUAAUAAGGUCAUCGAUGAUCUGCAUCACUGUAUGGAAGAUAUGAUUGAUUACAUGGGUUUCAUUGAGCACCGGGUUGUGGGCAUCGAAAAACUAACUCAUCUUUGUUGUAGCUAUAUGUCAAUGAGAAACUGUAGCCAACAUAUACUUAAUACUAAAUUGAAGCGAUCGUGUUAUGAGACAAUUGAAUGGUUUAAUCAACUUAUGUCUGGCUAUAGUCUAACGUUUUUCAAGCAAUUUUGUUUGACUCAACAAAACUGUUUUCAAAGUGUUUGCAAAUCGUUGACCACUUAUCAUAAUAAGACUAUCAUUGAUGGAGGAGAUGGAGUAGAGAGAGGACAGGGAGUAGAGAGAGGAGAGGGAGGAGGAGGAGAGCAUCGUAUAAGAGAUAAAUCAAUUUUGCCGACUAUUUUCAAAACGAUGAUCAAUACAAAUAUGUAG